AACAAAAAAAGAGAAUAACCCUUGAAGAACGGCUGUGGAUGAGCACUAUCCGGAGCAGACUGGGACUGGUUUUAUUCAGUCGGUAUGUCAGGAGGAUCAUUUGGUGGAAGUGGACAUGAUCGGGCGGAUGGUUCUCACAGUAUGAGAAACUCUUCCAGAAUGCAAAACUAUGCCGCGAAGAGUCUGGAGACUUAAACUAAUCCUGUUUGGGAAGACUUUUAAAUGAGUUAUUCAUCACCAGACACUCGGAUAAAGUUGAAUAUUUUUAAAUGCGUCUUACGGAGCAGCCGAGAACAAUGAGCAGCGGCUCUGGUAACUUUCUGUUAGUUCCUAUACCAGAGUACCCGAGCCUGGACUGUGUGCCUAAUAAAACCGUUAAAAUAGUGGUUCUCGGAGCGAGUAAUGUGGGAAAAACAGCCUUAAUAGUACGGUUUCUGACGAAGAGAUUCAUUGGUGAUUAUGAAGCCAACACAGGGGCCUUGUAUUCAAGAAAGAUCAACCUAGAUGGGGAGCAGGUUUCAUUACAAGUGCAGGAUACUCCCUGUGUAUCACUCCAGGAUGAUGCAGAGGGUCUGUAUUGCCAGGAACAAAUAAACCGCUCCAUCUACUGGGCCGAUGGCUACGUACUGGUAUUUUCCAUUACUGAUGUUCACAGCUACCGCACCAUCCAGCCGCUCUAUGAGCAUGUGCGUCGCAUCCAUCCAAGCGGUAACAUUCCCAUCAUCCUGAUGGGCAACAAGAGCGACCUACUGCGGGCACGACAGGUACACACCGAUGAGGGCCAGACGCUGGCAGCAGAGCUUGGAGGACAAUAUUUUGAGGCCUCUGCCCGGGAGAACUAUGAGGGCGUGCAGGCUGCUUUCAUGCACCUGUGCCAAGAGAUGAGCCGGGCACUAGGAGGGGUAAACGGAGAGAAAAGGAAAGGAGGACUACACCUAGCUCGUCCAAAGAGUCCCAACAUGCAGGAGCUGAAAAGGAGGUUUCGACAAGUGUUGUCUUCCAGAGUAAAAUCAACACCAACACUAUGAUGAAUAUGUGAUGCUGAAAACCAAAAACUUGAUCCACAAGAUUCUGGAAAUGUUAUUCUACACAAAAGAGUUGAUUAACAUGGCAUUUUUUAGAUCAGUAUUUUGAUACAUUUCAUACAUGGACAUCGUUUGUCUGGAAGUAACCCAACUUACAGGAGCUGAAUGAUGUACAGUGGAUUUAGAAAAUAUUCAGAUCCCUUGACUUUUUGGAUUUCAUUUUGUAUAAAUCGCCAUUUUGCCCAUCAGUCCACAUCUAAUCAUACCUAAUUAAAAAAAAUAAAAAAUAAAAAAAUAAAUCCAAAACUGAAAGCUCUUAUUCAUAAACGUAUUCAGAUGCUUUACUUUGUCCUUUAGGCCAGGAUUACAGCUGCUUUUUGAGAUAGGUCUCUACAAGCCCAACACAUUUGAGCAGUUUAACCCACUCUUUAUGGCAGAUCCUCACAAGCUCUGGCAGAGUGGGUUUAAGUCUGCGCUCUGACUUGCCACUAAACCCCUUCAUUGUUUUUUUUGGCUGUAUACUUUGGGUAACUGUUGUAAUCAAAGAUGAACUAAGUUUUGUGCUUUCUAAAAGACGUUUUCUUCAAGGAUGGUUCUGUAUUUGGCUGCAUUUAUCUAUCCCUCAAGUCUUACCAGUCUCCCUGUCCCUGCCACCGAGAAGCAGCUCCAUUGAAUGAUGCUGCAUCCUCUAUGUUUCACUGUAGGGUGGUAUUACCCAGAUGUGUCUGCUGCUGAAUGUAGUUGAGCAGCUGAUCCAUGUUAAGAAUCGUGUCAUUGCACGUUGCCAUUUUUCGUCAGCUGAGAUUCUUCUGUAUUUCACGUUUUUCACCUCUCAGAUUUGCCAGCUCCUCUGUCUGGCAAACCUGCUUUUCUCUUGGAAACCUUGUUGCCGGGUUAGGUCCGGUUCAGUUUUCUGCUGGGGUGUCAUUUUUGAAACUGCCCCGGAUGAGCGAGCUGCGCCAGAGGCGAUGUGACAACCCCUUUUCCGCAGCAGUCUCCAUCACAAUAAGUGCCAGUUGAGAACGUAGGCUUACUGCUUGUGUUUUGCUGCCCCUGGCUAGUGUUAGUAUUCCCUAUCUUUAGUUUUUUCCAAGAACUGUACAGUUGCCAAUGGCCUGUCAUAUUGUGACAGCCAGGUUUCAGUUUUGCACUGUCCCUGCUCUAUCCACCUUCUCCAUUGCAGGCUUAGAUGUUGUUGCAUCUUUGGGCUACCAUAUUUAUUUGUGUUUAUUCCCUUCAUUUGGUUAAAACCUUUCUUGCAGGUAUGGGGCUUUGGCUUUUGGUUGAAAAGCGAGACAAAGUGAUUGGUGUUUUACCCAAAGAGUAAAAUGUUUGUGUCAUAAGAUCAGAGAGGCAGCUGUAGCCUAGCGGUUAAGGUACUGGACUAGUAAUCAGUAGGAUGCUGGUUCAAGCCCCACCACUGCAAGGUUUCUGCUGUUGGGCCCCUGAGCAAGGCUCUUAACCCUCAAAUGCUUAGACUGCAUGCUGUCACACUACUGUAAAUUAAUCUUUUUCUUAUGUUGCCUCAGUUUUUUACAUGCCAUUUAGCAAACUCCAAGUGCCUUCAGUCUUGUGACUCUAUGGAGUGCUGCAGAGAUGAUCCACAACACAACAGAGUGCACAAAAAGACAACUGGUCUGAAUACUUUCUAAAUCUCUUGUGCUAUACCAUCUGUAUAAUUUUAAUCUAGUAUACUUGAGUAAUGCUGUAUCCAAUAAACAGGGAUAUUAUGUUUGUUA